UAGUGGAAUGUAGUUACCAUUAGUGGGAGUUGAGCUGAAGCUGGCUAACAGCUAGCCUGCUAUGUUGAGUUUGAGCCGGAGACGCUGAGGAGAAGAGUGAUGAAAACAUGCCUCACUUCACAGUGGUACCGGUGAAGGAUCAAGCUCAGUCCAACUACGACAGCCUAGAGGGGAUUAACUGGGUUGAUUACAGGGAUACUGGACAAGAUUGCCCUGAUCAUCAAGACACUGUCAGCUCUGAUGGACACGGGAAUCAUAAAGAAGACAGCCCUUUUCUCAACAGUGCUGACGCUGGCAAGAAGAAUGACUUCUAUGACAGGAACCUGGCUUUGUUUGAGGAAGAGCUGGACAUCCGGCCCAAGGUUUCCUCUUUGCUCAGCCGCCUGGUCAACUACACCAACAUCACUCAGGGCGCCAAGGAACAUGAAGAGGAGGAGAGUGCCGAGGCCUCACGUAGGAAAACCCCCAAGUCUCCCAACAUGGGCACUCUGAUGGGAGUGUACUUGCCGUGCCUCCAGAACAUCUUUGGCGUGAUUCUUUUCCUCCGACUGACCUGGAUUGUGGGGAUGGCCGGCAUCUUUCAGUCCCUCCUGAUCGUCCUCAUGUGCUGCUCAUGUACUAUGCUCACCGCCAUAUCAAUGAGUGCCAUUGCUACUAACGGUGUUGUUCCAGCUGGUGGGGCGUACUUCAUGAUCUCACGCUCUCUUGGCCCUGAGUUCGGAGGAGCCGUGGGGCUGUGCUUCUACUUGGGCACGACCUUUGCUUCUGCCAUGUACAUACUGGGUGCCAUUGAAAUUUUCUUGAAAUAUCUGCUCCCUCAGGCGGCCAUCUUUCAUGCCACAGACCAUCUUGGGAGUGACAGUGCCAUGUUGAACAACAUGCGAGUCUAUGGCUCUUUAUGCCUCAGCUUAAUGGCUGUGGUGGUUUUCGUGGGAGUCAAAUAUGUCAACAAGCUGGCUUCUCUUUUCCUGGCCUGUGUCAUUAUCUCAAUCGUCUCUAUCUAUGCCGGGGCAUUAAAGUCAUUGACUCAUCCACCAGAAUUUCCGAUCUGCAUGUUGGGCAACCGGACUUUGGUGAGAGAUCGCUUUGACGUGUGCGCUAAAACUGUAAUCAACGGCAACCUCACCGUUCCCAGUCAGCUGUGGGACCGGUUCUGUAUGCCUGGGAACUUGAGCAGUGCACAGUGUGAUGACUACUUCAUCCAGAACAAUGUGACAGAGAUACAGGGCAUCCCUGGACUGGGCAGUGGAAUCAUUAGAGAUAACAUGUGGAGCGAUUACCUGCAGAAAGGGGAGAUCUUAGAGAAGGCGGGCCUGCAGUCGGUGGAAGCCCACAGUACCAUGGAGAACUUUGGCAUGUAUGUGUCAGCAGACAUUGCCACAUCCUUCACUCUUCUGGUUGGGAUUUUCUUCCCAUCUGCCACAGGUAUCAUGGCAGGCUCCAACAGAUCUGGUGAUCUCCGGGAUGCUCAGAAGUCCAUCCCUGUGGGAACUAUCUUAGCUAUCACCACUACUUCACUUGUUUAUUUAAGUUCUGUGGUCCUAUUUGGGUCCUGUAUUGAAGGAGUAGUCCUGAGAGACAAGUUUGGGGACGCUGUCAGAAAAAACCUGGUGGUGGGAACUCUUGCCUGGCCUUCUCCAUGGGUCAUCGUCAUUGGCUCCUUCUUCUCCACUGUUGGGGCGGGCCUACAAUCACUCACUGGGGCUCCGAGACUUCUGCAGGCUAUAGCCAAAGACAACAUCAUUCCUUUCCUUAGGGUGUUUGGACACGGAAAGACCAAUGGGGAGCCUACAUGGGCACUGCUGCUGACUGGACUCAUAGCUGAGCUGGGGAUCCUUAUUGCCUCACUGGAUAUGGUGGCUCCUAUCCUCUCCAUGUUCUUCCUCAUGUGCUAUCUCUUUGUGAACUUAGCCUGUGCCGUACAGACACUUUUACGCACACCCAACUGGAGGCCAAGGUUUAAAUAUUACCACUGGGCGCUCUCAUUCCUCGGCAUGAGUAUGUGCCUGGCUCUGAUGUUCAUCUCAUCCUGGUACUAUGCGAUUGUGGCCAUGGGCAUAGCUGGGAUGAUCUACAAGUACAUUGAGUACCAGGGAGCAGAGAAGGAGUGGGGGGACGGUAUAAGAGGAUUGUCCCUUAGCGCUGCACGCUACGCCCUGCUAAGGUUAGAAGUCGGACCCCCGCACACCAAGAAUUGGAGACCACAGCUGCUGGUGCUGCUGAAGCUGGAUGAGGACCUCCACGUAAAAUAUCCCCGGCUGCUCACCUUUGCGUCGCAGCUGAAGGCAGGAAAGGGCCUGACCAUUGUCGGCUCCGUUAUCCAUGGCAACUUCCUGGACAGCUACGGGGAAAUGCAGGCAGCUGAACAGGCUAUUAAGAAUAUGAUGGAGAUCGAGAGGGUCAAAGGUUUCUGCCAGGUUGUGGUGGCGUCUAAAGUGCGGGAGGGUGUAGUCCACCUGAUCCAGUCCUGUGGUUUGGGGGGCAUGAAACACAAUACGGUGGUGAUGGGCUGGCCGUACGGUUGGAGACAGAGUGAGGACCCUCGAGCCUGGAAAACGUUUAUCAACACAGUCCGCUGCACCACAGCUGCCCACCUGGCUCUGAUGGUGCCCAAAAAUGUGUCCUUCUAUCCAAGCAACCAUGAACGCUUCACAGAUGGCAACAUUGACGUGUGGUGGAUCGUCCACGAUGGGGGGAUGCUUAUGCUGCUGCCUUUCCUGCUCAAACAGCAUAAAGUCUGGAGGAAAUGCAAAAUGCGCAUCUUCACUGUAGCGCAGAUGGACGACAACAGCAUCCAGAUGAAGAAAGAUCUGGCCACGUUCCUUUAUCAGCUGAGAAUAGAGGCCGAAGUGGAGGUGGUUGAGAUGCAUGACAGUGACAUCUCAGCAUACACCUAUGAGAGAACGUUAAUGAUGGAGCAGAGGUCCCAGAUGUUGAGGCAAAUGAGGCUAUCCAGUGCAGAAAGACAAAGAGAAGCUCAGCUGGUAAAGGACAGACACUCCUUGGUGCGCAUGGGCAGUCUUUACUCAGAUGAGGAGGAGGAGGUGGUGGAAGCUCCUCCGGAGAAGGUUCAGAUGACGUGGACCAGAGAAAAGUGCGAGGCCGAGAGGAGGAACAGGAACAAUGCGCCCGAGAACUUCAGAGAGCUCAUGAGCCUCAAGCCGGACCAGUCCAAUGUGCGGCGAAUGCAUACAGCUGUGAAGCUGAACGAGGUAAUAGUCAACAGGUCCCACGAUGCUCGGUUAGUGCUGCUCAACAUGCCGGGGCCGCCUCGGAACACAGACGGAGACGAGAACUAUAUGGAGUUUCUAGAAGUGCUGACCGAAGGCUUGGAAAGAGUGCUGCUGGUGAGAGGCGGAGGGCGCGAGGUCAUCACUAUUUACUCAUGACCAGUUAGAAGCUGCUGCACACGGGCCUGGACCUCGUCAGAAUACAUUCCACCUCCAGACAGGAGGUGCUUCCAGACAGUUCUGGGUAUAUGCAUCAAUUUGACAUUUUUUAUAUGGACUUUUGAAUACAAAAGAGGUUCAUUCUAUUCUUGUAGAAUAUUGGGAAGCAUUAGUGUGCAUAUCUGCCCGUCCCUUCCUUACAAAUGAAAGCUGUUAUUGAUCUUCUUUAGAAUGUAUUACCUUGACAAACAUAAACAAAACACAAAGUAUUUUCUCAUGCGUAGAUCACAAAUACCUCUUUUUGAGAUAUGUAAUAGCAAACCUAUAUUUGACACAUAUUGCUCAAGAAGAUUUAGUGGUAUGCCAAAAAGUUUAUUCUAAAACCGCUCUUUGACUAUUUCGGAGCCACACUUCUAUUUAUUUAUUUAUUUCCCCAACUUUUCCCCACCGAGGUCAAAGACGAUGUUCCUGCAGGUGAUGAACACAGCGUUGAGUUUACUGUAUAGGUGACACAGGAUCCAGUUAGCGCGUCUGGAUGUCAGAGAUUAUAACACACGAAAAAAGUUAUAAUUUAUCAUUUUUGAAGAGAAAAUAUCUUUACGAAUGACAUUUAAAGUGUUGCAUUUAUACUUUUUCUACAGACAUGAGAAGCUUUUCUGCUUUUUUUUUUCAAGUUUUAAUUCUUUAGGUUUUUAGUUAAAUCAGACCCAGUUUUUGAUAUUUUUUUUUUUUGUAUAUUCACAAUAAUGCAAAUCUGUAUGGUACUUUUAUACACAAGUGGAAGAGGAUACAUACUUGUGUGAGUUAACUACUUUAGCCUUUGAGGGAUGCAGCUUUACGCUAUUCUGAUCUCUAGUUCAGGCGUCUUCCAGACCAAGUUGUGUGUUUUUAAAAGGGCUUUUUCUUCAAAACUCAGUAUGAUCAGUGUUUCAAGACAGCAUUUUAUCAAUAGCAGCUGUCUUUUUAUGCUCACCAAAAUAUACUGUACCUAAAGGCUAAUCAAUGAGAUGGUAUGCAAUUAUUAAACACUAAACACAAAUUCAAAACAGUGCACCGUCACUUGAAAAGCAUUGUAUCUUAUGGAUCUCUAUGUCUGCAGUGCUGUAAUAAAGCUAGGAAUAUUCAUUUUUGAAGAAUCACGAGGCAAUUAUGUCACAACUGUAUAGUUACGUGAACAUCAGCAUGACCACCUUAGAAAGCAGAUUUCCUUUUUUUUGGUGCUUAUAAAUUAGAACCAGUAGUCUUGACAAAGCAGGUUUUUUUUUUUUUUUUUUUUUUUAUACCACAGCUGGUUUGAGGAGUGACUGCUGUUCUACAUUAAUGUUUCAUUGUGCAAACACUGCAGUGACCUUACAAAGGGCUCUUGUCUGUUCAGCCAAACAGCUCACAUUAAAUGCACUUGUCGUGUAAAAGGCUCCAUAAGAACAUCUGUUUUUGAACUUAUGUUGUGGUUCUCCGUACAGUGCACUUAAUGUACACUUACACAAUAAAUUAACUGCUUCCUCAGCCUGAUGACCUCAACUCCAGUUGCUCAAUUGAAGCUGCUCAUUGACUGGUCAACAAUAAUACAACAAAAGUUUUUUUUUUUUUUUUUUAAAGUGCAUCUCUACAGUUUUAUUUAUCAGUGUUAUUCCAUACAGAUUAUGUCAAAAUACGUUCUGCAAGGUCAGCAAUAAAAUUAAUACUGAAUAAAUAAAUUUCCAAGCAUUGAA